CCUCCUGGUUGCUGUGUCCCGUCUGCGCGGACUGUAGUUGUGAGGAUUGCCAUGGACGGACAUUUAGAGACGGAUUUGUAUCCUCUGGGAUCCAGCUACGUCAGCGAAAUAGACAGCGUCCAUGAUAUUACAGUUGGCACAAAGAGGGGAUCUGACGAACUCUUUUCCUCCUGCAUAUCCAACGGACCCUAUAUCAUGAACUCAGGCGCAGCAAACGGAAAUGACAGUAAGAAGUUUAAAGGUGACAUCAGGAGCCCAGGCGUUCCAUCUCGAGUCAUCCACGUUCGCAAGUUACCCAACGACAUUAAUGAAGCUGAGGUGAUUUCCCUGGGGCUCCCGUUCGGCAAAGUGACUAACCUGCUGAUGCUCAAGGGGAAGAACCAGGCCUUUCUGGAGAUGAACACUGAAGAGUCGGCUCAGACGAUGGUCAGCUACUACUCUUCAGUCACCCCCGUCAUCAGAAAUCACCCGGUCUUCAUGCAGUACUCCAAUCACAAAGAGCUGAAGACCGACAACUCUCCCAACCAAGUGAGGGCGCAGGCAGCGCUGCAGGCGGUGAACGCAGUUCAGACGGGCAGCAUGUCUCUGAGCGGUGUGGAUGGUGGAUCAGGAGCCCAGAGUCCGGUGCUCAGAGUGAUUGUGGAGAAUCUCUUCUACCCAGUUACUCUGGAUGUCCUGCAUCAGAUAUUUUCCAAGUUUGGCACAGUGCUAAAGAUCAUAACCUUCACCAAAAAUAACCAGUUCCAGGCUCUGGUUCAGUACUCUGAUGCCGUGACUGCGCAGCACACCAGGCUGUCUCUAGAUGGGCAGAACAUCUACAAUGCCUGCUGCACACUGCGCAUCAGCUUCUCCAAACUGACCAGCCUGAAUGUGAAGUACAACAACGAUAAGAGCCGAGACUACACUCGCCCGGACCUGCCCACCGGAGACAGCCAGCCCUCGCUGGACCCUCAGACCAUGGCGGCCAGCGCCUUCACUGCUCCUGGUAUAAUCUCAGCAGCUCCUUAUGCAGGUGCCCAUGGCUUCCCCCCUACAUUUGCCAUCCAGCAGGCAGCAGGUCUGUCUCUGCCUGGUGUUCCUGCCGGGGCUCUGGCCUCUCUGGGUGUCCACGGUGCUGCCGCUGCAGCUGCCGCCGCCGCCGGACGCCUCGGCCUGUCCAGCAUGAGCGCUGGAGGAAACAGUGUUCUGCUGGUCAGCAACCUUAACCCUGAGAGCGCUACGCCCCAAUGCCUCUUUAUUCUUUUCGGUGUUUACGGUGAUGUCAUGAGAGUGAAGAUUCUGUUCAAUAAGAAGGAGAAUGCGCUGGUGCAGAUGGCAGAUGGAACACAAGCCCAGUUGGCUAUGAGUCACCUGAAUGGGCAGAAGCUGCAUGGGCAGACUCUGCGCAUCACUCUUUCCAAACACACCACAGUGCAGCUUCCCCGUGAAGGCCACGAGGACCAGGGGCUCACCAAGGACUACAGCAGCUCCCCCCUGCACCGCUUCAAAAAACCCGGCUCCAAAAACUACUCCAACAUCUACCCCCCCUCCUCCACCCUGCACCUCUCCAACAUCCCGCCGUCUGUUGGUGAGGAAGAUCUUAAAGAGCUGUUUCAGAGUUCAGGUGCAAUGGUUAAGGGGUUCAAGUUUUUCCAGAAAGACCACAAGAUGGCGCUGAUUCAGAUGGGCUCAGUAGAAGAGGCGAUCGAGUCUCUGAUAGAGUUCCACAACCACGACCUGGGCGAGAACCACCACCUCCGCGUUUCCUUCUCCAAGUCCACCAUCUGAGCAUUGUGGGUAGUCGGGAGCUGAGCGUUUAGGAGAGGGGAAAUAAACGAGAGACUGUCACUUUAGACCAAACUUAAAGCCUUCCACAAUUUAUAAUGCCGUGGAUUUUCCACACAACACACUUUAUCAUUCCUUUUCUUAUAGCGAUAUUCACUCGUGCGCUCGUCUGUUUAAGAUGCCACUUUUCAACCAGUAGAUCAGAGAGAACCUUAAAAACCCAGCCUUUUUAUUUGGGUUCAGUUAGAGCUCUUCUCUGCUCUCUAGUGCUGAUCAGCACUACAUUUCCCAGAAGCUUUUUGUAGUUGAUCUGUUAUUCAAGUGAUGAAGCCCGGUUGAGGGGUUUCUUCAUUUGAGGUUUUCGUGUGAAUAUUCCCUUAUCUAAAUCCAAUUCAAAUGAAUAUCAAAUUGUUUGGGUCAUUCUUUAGUUGAACACAUGCUUGAUGACGUGGCCGUGCAAGUUAUUGAUUUGGUCUGGUACAAUCAUAAUUUUACAUGCAAUUACAAGAAAAAACAAGCCAUUUUGAGCUUGAUUAGUUUUACCAGAGUUAUACAAAAAGUUUUACAGAAGUUAAUUGGUGUUAAUUACACCAAAAAACAGAGUUUGUUCUAAUUAUAAGGCUGAUCUCAGCAUGACUUCUAUUAUUAAUGAAGGUUUCACAUUUAAAAAUCUAGCUAAAUAUAAGAAAUAUAUAUUUUUGCCAAAUUCAAUAUAGUAAAGAAGAAAUGAGGUUUCAUUGAUUGAAAUGAUUAUGAUAAUCUGAGUGGUUAAGGGGUGGAGCCAAUGUUGCGUGUUCCGGAGAAAAAGCAUGAUUCACUGUGAAUUCUCUGGGGAAAAACGGCUCCAGCUCAGAGAUUAAAGUUGGGGGAAAUGUUGAACGUUUGUAAUUUCUUUUCAAUUAAAUACUUAGAAAUCUCUAUCAAUUGAUUGUUGUUUAAAUGCAACAUUUAGAGCCAAAACAUGGCCCUAAAUAUUAGAUUAACUGAUUUUCCUCCCUCUACCUGUCAGAAAUGGUGUUCCAUGCAGUGUUAAUACUGUUUUUUUAGGCUUUCUGGGAAAUGUAGUGCUGUUUUAGGAUCGUAGAUGUGCUGCCUAGUUUACACUCAGUGCCUCUAUGGGGAGAAAAACCCGAAUGUUUCCUGUUGUGCACGGAGCUGAACCUGUCUGAGACUUAUCUUUUGUAUACGUUUCUUUUAGUCCUAUCAAUUCUGCCUUUCCAAAAUGCUGUGCCUUAAUUGGUGUUUAAAGUGCAUCUUCUGUUUUGGCCUUAUCGUGAGCUCUGGAGGAGGACCGGGGAUCUGCGUUUACACAGUGAAUUUUACAGGCCGCCUUUUUUUUGUAUCAGACAGUUUGUCUGUUUUAGUUCACAUUCCCACAGUUUUUCUGACUGCUCCCGUCCCAGGUUAUGACUAGGAGCAACUAUAGUAGUUCUAUGGUAGUUAUACUAUAUAUGGUAUAUGUAAAAAUAUAUAUUCUUCUAUAGUGAGUUUCUGCUGAGCCUCUGAUGGUACAUGGUGGGUUUUUUUUUUUUUUUUUAAUUCUCAAAUAGAAGGGUCAGGUGACCGGUGAACACCAGAGACUAGGAGUUAAGAGAGCACCUAAUACUAUCUGGUGUGCACUAGAUACUGUAAUAUGUGGUGAAUCCUUGAUACUAUUUUAUUAGCACCCAAAACUAUUAAGAGCAAUUAAGUUUGAUGCUAUCAGGUGAGCAUCUAAUACUAAUAAGUGCAUCAGAUGCUGUGCUGUGAGUGCCCAGUAUUAUUAAGUGAGCACCAGAUAGUCCCAUCAGAGGCUCCACAAGUUUCAUUCCAAUUUCUUUUUUUUUUUUUUUUUUUAGAUGCAUAUUUCUUUUUUUUUUUUUUUUUUUUUUUUUUCUUUAUCAAUUCUAUACUGUAUAAGAUCUUUACGGGCAUUGUCCCAUUUCAAGCGCUGUGCCUUAGCAACCUUUCUCCAGUUUGGUUGGUGUAACACUUAUUGGUUUAGUUUUGUGCUGAAUUCAAGAAAUAGAAUUUGGGUGUAAAAAAAAAUUGUAUUUUUCCAUUCAAUAUAGUAAAGAAGAGAAGGGUUUUCUCUCGUUUUUAUUUCUGCUCCUCACAAUCUUUCAGGACAAAUGAUAAUUAAUUUGCUUGAUUCCCUGGUUUUUCCAUUUUUGAUACUUGUAAUAAAAGUAGGACCAUCAGGUACACAAAUCUAAAAAUCAAGGAAGGAUCUUUAAUUCUUUUAUUUUUCCUAAAAUUCAGAUCGAGGGGCAGAAAUGAGAACAUAAGCGGUGCCACUAUUAGCAGGACUAAUGGGGAAUCGAAGAAUACUAGGUUCUUCAGCGCAAAUCGUGACCGCUUCUGUUCACCACCACUGUGCAACGCCCCUCUGACGAAUAAUGCAACGCUUUGAUGGUUCCCCCUAAAACUAGUGGAAAAAUGGUCUGGUUCGCUGAAAAGCACCACAGUCCUUAUAAGCCCGAAUGGAACUGGUUCAAGAACCAGAGUUUUUUAUUCUGUGGAAAAGCACUAUAUGAUCUGUGGAUCAUCAGUUCAAAUCCCAGAUCAUGCUGCUUCUCAAUCAGCAGCCGGAGUCCGAGAGAGAGAGCACAGUUGGCCAUGCACUCUCUUCUUUACUAAUUGGGAGGAAUUUACUUGAGAUUUUAUACCCAGUUUUCUGUUUUCAAAUUUAGCCACAAACAGUCAGGAAACCUGACUGGUGAUUAUUAUUAUUUUUUCUUUCCACUUCCUUUCUUUUCUUCAUAUUUGCCUGGUUCAGCAGUGUAUUUAUACCAGCACUAAAUACACAUCAGCUUACUACACCCACAGCAAGCCUUACACACCGAAUUACAGCCUUUUUAUCAUAAUUCAGGGUUUCGUUUUGCCCUUAAACAAAAAUCUACUGUCAAGCUACUUUUUAUACAUGUGUGUAUAAUGUAACACCCAAUUUUUUCACACUUUUUUUUUGUUUGUUAUAUAAUUGUUUACGCUUUAGUGAAUUGUGGACCUUUUCGACCAAGUCUUUCAGAUUUUUGAUUUUGCUGUUGUAGCAAAUGUAGUUUUUCUCUGAAAAUGAGCCUUCCAGCACUGUCUUAAAACAUUAGGGGUGGGUGAUGUGACUACAGUAUCAUCCGAAUAUGAUUUUGCUUUGUUUACAGCAAAUCCAAUCAGAAUAAAGCAAAGCAUCUGUGUUCACACGCUUGUGUGAAGUAUUAUAUUUAGGCGUUCUGAUUUUUUGCAGUGAUUUAUUGUUUUAAAUAUCGAUUGUGUAGCUUGUCAAGUGUCACUGCCACCUACUAGAGUAUGCUCUUGUGUUUUGUAAUUUGCUACAUGCAAAAACCAGCCUGUGUAGCUCAAAGUUUGUGCUUUAUUUCGUAAAGUACAUUUUGGCUGUCCAUGUUAGUGUUUUAAGCAUUGAUGUGGUGUCUUAUCUGUUUUCUGAUGCUUGAAAAGAGAAAAAUCCAGUAAUCCAAAGUAUGAGCCGAUAUAUAAAUGGGUAAAAAUGCCUUAUUUCUUAAGCUGAAGACACUUUUGUCUUAUGUCAGUGCUAUAUUUUGUAUUUUUCAACAGUGAAACAACAUGCUUAGAAAGCUAUAUAUCAUUAUAUUCAUUAUCAUUCUAAGUCACAUUGCCCACCCCUGUUAUGUACAAUGUCUUAAAAUUCCUCAUUGAUUUUUGGCACUUUUCUUCACAAAUUGGACAUUUUGGUGGAACAAACUUUGCCUUUUUUGUGUUUGUAGUUCUCAGACAUUCCUUUUAUAAUACGAUUGUAGAAAUGAAGUAAAAUAAGUCUAGGUUUAAAAGCUAGAACGGUUCUAAAACCUAAAGUGAACUAAAGUGUUUGUUAAUGGAGACCAAACCAAGCAUAGUCUUAAGUAAGGGUAGGUGUGAGGUGUGCCCCCUGGUGGCUGUUUCUGUUUAAACCCUGUUUUUUUUUUUAUUUAGAGAGGUUUAGUAUGUGGGGUGUGAUUAUGGCCUGUAUAUACUUAUGGGGGCUUUGUUUUUCUCUUCUUUAUAUAAAGACAUAAAUGACUAUCACCCACUUUGAUAAAUGCAAACAGUACCUGUUUUCCACUCGUCUGUAUGUAUAUUUUGAUAAAGGCAACAGCAUAAACUCGGCUCAUUGUAGAGCAUUGAUAUGUUUUUUAUUACACAGAAUAUUAAAAAUAUUCCAACACGAUGCGUCUGUACGUGUAAAUGCCCCUUCUCCACUUAACCCAGCCAUCCUUUGAUACUGCCUUCGUUCUUUUCUUGCCUUCAAUAAAUCUUUUAUUCCUCUCUUUCA